AUCCCUCUUAUCGACAACAGGCGGCGCUUCACUUCCGGUCUAGAAAGAUACAAGCAUGCUUGGGGGACAAGGCAACAUCAUCGUUCUUAACCAGAACACAAAACGGGAAUCCGGGAAGAAAGUCCAGCAAGGCAACAUCGCAGCCGGCAAAGCUAUCGCAGACAUCAUCAGAACAUGUCUGGGACCAAAGUCUAUGUUAAAGAUGUUGAUGGACCCUAUGGGAGGGAUUGUUAUGACCAAUGAUGGCAAUGCCAUUCUCCGUGAGAUCAACGUUCAGCAUCCAGCAGCCAAGUCCAUGAUUGAAGUAGCUCGCACACAAGAUGAGGAGGUUGGAGACGGAACCACCUCCGUUAUCAUUCUUGCUGGUGAGAUGCUUUCUCAGGCACUUCCCUUCCUGGAGCAGCAGAUGCACCCCACCAUUGUCAUCAGUGCCUUCAGGCAGGCCCUCGAUGAUCUUGUCGACAUUCUCCGCAAACAAAUCAGUGUACCCGUGGAUCUGACCAACAAAGAUGACAUGAUGAAAAUUGUCAAAAGUUGUGUUGGCACAAAGUUCAUUAGUAAAUGGUCUGAUCUCGCCUGCCAGAUUGCUUUAGAUGCCACAGCAACAGUUGCAAUCGAGGAGAACGGUCGACGGGAAAUUGACAUCAAGCGAUAUGCAAAAGUAGAAAAGGUCCCAGGGGGAACCAUGGAGGACUCUAAAGUACUGAAGGGAGUCAUGCUAAAUAAAGAUGUUGUCCACCCUAAAAUGAAAAGGAGGUUAGAAAACCCAAGAAUUAUUUUACUAGACUGUACAUUAGAAUACAAGAAAGGAGAAAGUCAGACAAAUAUAGAGAUAUCAAAGGAAGAAGAUUUUGCUAAGAUCCUUAUGUUGGAAGAGGAAUAUGUGAAGAGAGUUUGUGAUGAAGUCCUUGCUUUCAAGCCUGACCUUGUUAUCACUGAGAAGGGUGUGUCUGAUUUAGCUCAACACUUCUUUGUCAAGGCAGGAGUCAGUGUAAUCAGGCGUGUCAGGAAGUCCGACAACAACAGGAUUGCCAGAGCCUGUGGUGCCACCAUUGUUAAUCGUACUGAUGAAAUUAAAGAAGAAGAUGUGGGAACACAGUGUGGUCUAUUUAACAUAGAGAAAUUCGGUGAUGAGUACUUCACCUUCCUAGUCGAGUGUAAGGAACCAAAAGCAUGUACAAUCCUCCUGCGAGGGGCUAGCAAGGACAUUUUGAUGGAGGUUGAGAGAAAUCUCCAAGAUGCCAUGAAUGUCGCCCGUAAUGUGAUGACCGAGCCUCUCCUGGUUCCAGGGGGUGGUGCAGCAGAAAUGGCCCUCUCACAGGCCCUGAACGAGAAGGCCAAGAGUAUCACUGGAGUGCAGCAAUGGCCAUAUCGGGCAGUAGCCAAAGGUCUGGAGGUCAUCCCAAGGACACUCAUCCAAAACUGUGGUGGCAACCCUAUCAGAACACUUACAGCUCUUAGGGCGAAACAUGCAGCACCCAACUGUACAUCGUGGGGUGUUGAUGGAGAGAAUGGCAAGAUUGUGGACAUGAAAGAUUACGGAAUAUGGGAACCAUUCGCUGUAAAAGUACAAACAAUCAAGACUGCAUUAGAGACUGCUGUGCUACUUCUAAGAAUUGAUGAUAUAGUCUCUGGAACUAAGAAGAUGUCAGAUGCUGACAUGCCUGCUCCCCGACAGAAAGACGAAGAAGCUGCACCUCAGCCUGAGGGACCAGAAUAGUCGACAACCGAAAAGGAUUAGGAUUUACACAAACAUUUCAAUAACAGAGGCAUUUCUUUUUAGAAUAAUACAAAAUUCCACAGAAUAUUUCUGUCUGAACUGCAUUCUAUGAAGGAAAAAAUUGUGUUCAUAUUUCUCAUUGUCUCAUUAGCAAGAUGCAAUAUUCAAAACUUUGUAGUUUUUUUCAUGAAUGUCAAAUUCUUUCUGUAAAAUGUCGCUCAUGAAAUUGCAUUGUAAAGAACAAAGUGGAUUUUGUUAGUUCCCAUCAGAUUUAGUCCGGUAAAAUCCAAGAACAUUUAUGUGGUGAUAAACAAGAGAAAGUAUCUGUUAAAAUCCAACACUUGAUGAAAGCGUUAAGUGAUGUGGUAAAGGACAGGAGUGCUCUAUUUAUUUGUGAUGAAUUUCUAUGUAAAACCCAAAUAUAUACAUAUGUGUCUUUUUUAUAAUUAAGAACAAAGGAUUAAAAAUGUGAUCCCAAGA